AUGAAGCCAAGUUGGUGGCCGGGGGAGGAACAUGAACAGUUCACAGACUGGGCCAUUUCCAAUGGCAUUGUUGCGAAUGGAGUCGGUCCUGCGCGAUUCCUAGGCCGUGGGUUGGGAAUGAUCGCCUUGCGAAGUAUACAAAAAGAUGAAGCUAUUGUGAAAGUACCACGGCAGAUAAUGUUGACAGUCGAGGGCAUCCCGUCUUCAUUUACCGAAAAUUUCCCAGAAGGCACUCCUGUUCACGUGCUUCUGGCUGCUUUCUUGACCAACGGAAACCCGCAGGACCUUAAACAGUAUGACCCCUGGCGGAAGACCUGGCCCAGCAGAAAGGAUUUUGAAGACUGCUUGCCUAUUCUGUGGCCGGAGUCUCUGUGCGGCUCGAACUGUGAAGCCGAUCCUCGCUCUGCCAAAUCGACAAAUCUCCUCCCGCCGUCGAUCUCGGGUCGUUGGAAUAGCAUCCGGAAAAGAAAGCCAAAACACGAAUACAAGAGUUCUCAUCAAAAUCUCCUCCUUCAGCAGAAGACCAGGUUGCGCAAUGCGUGGGAUAGGGUUGUUGCUGUCUUCCCCGACACGGAUUGGGAAAGCUUUUCCUACCACUGGUUGAUUGUCAAUACCAGAAGCUUUCACUAUUUAAUGCCUGGCCAGGAACCACCGGAGGACCGAAACGAUGCCAUGGCAUUGUUACCCUUUGCUGACUACUUCAACCAUUCUGAUGUAGCGUGCAAUGUAAAAUUUGACGGCAAGGAAUACGUCUUUAGGGCUACCACAUCAUAUGAAGAAGGCGAGGAAAUAUUUAUGAGUUACGGACCACACCCGAAUGAUUUCCUUUUCACUGAAUACGGGUUCUACUUGGACGAGAACAAGUCUGAAUCAUUAUACCUCGAUGAUAUUAUAUUUCAAGACCUAAGUCCCUCUUUCCAGGAGGAGCUGAGUUUGCAGAAGUAUUAUGGGAACUAUCAAUUAACGGCCGCCGGCGUCUGCUACCGGACCGAGAUUGCUGCCUGCAUGAAAUACAUGCGACCCGAAGAUUGGCAAAAUUAUGUCCUCGGUUACUCUACCAGAGGAUUUGACGCAAAAAAAUCCGAAGCCGUUAUCCAAGAAUGGAUAACUGCUUAUGAAAUGGAAGCAGAGGCGGCUAUAACUGAACUCGAGCGUCUGUGGUCUGGUGAAAUCGCCAGACAACACGGCGAGAAGGUGCGAAUGCUGCUGAAACGGUGGAGACAGAUCCAGAAUCUCUGUCAAGAAGCCUUUGAUACAGUGUCAGGCUAGAAACCCCAAGGCUAUC